AGAUCAAAUAAGGACCACAUAAAGGAAAUGCAAGGAUAUCCAUAUAUAUGAAGUUGUCAAAAACCUUAUCUACAUUUGUUAGAUUAAAUUGAGGAAAGAAACUAUUGUUGCCUUACUAACCAAUAAAUGACACCCAUCACUUUAUCUCCAACAAAGCAGCUGUCCCUGGAAUUGAAUGCCACCCUGACCUUAUCUGUACUUGAACGAUGUUCAACAAUGGGGGAACUCAAGCAGAUUCAUGCACAGAUGUUAAAAACAGGCCUUGUUGCAGAUACCGUCUUAGUAAGCAAAGUCCUUACUUUUUGUGUGUCUUCGAAAUAUGGUAAUCUAGAACACGCUCGGAUGGUUUUUGAUAGAGUAAAUAGGCCCAAUACUUUCAUGUACAACACCAUGAUUAAAGGAUACUCAGAGAACAACAAACCAGAAACAGCCCUUCUUUUAUAUCAGCAUAUGCUGGAUCUUUCAGUUCCACAUAAUUCCUACACUUUUCCUUUCCUGCUUAAAGCUUGUUCCAGUUUAUCAGCUAUGGAAGAAACCAAGCAAAUUCAUGCUCACGUUGUUAAGUUAGGUUUCGGCUCAGAGGUUUAUGCUGUGAAUUCCUUGCUCCAUGUCUAUGCAUCAUCCGGCAGCAUGGAAGCUGCGCGUUUGCUCUUUGACCAGGUCUUGAAACGAGACGUUGUUUCUUGGAACUUGAUGAUUGAUGGCUAUGCAAAGUGUGGCAAGAUGGAAACUGCAUAUGAAUUUUUCAAGAACAUGCCAACGAAGAAUGUCAUCUCUUGGACAACUAUGAUAUCUGGAUAUGUUGGGGCGGGCAUGUACAAGGAAGCCUUGAAUUUAUUUCAAGAAAUGCAGAUUGAAGGUGUGAAACCAGACAAAGUUGCCCUUGCAAGCACUCUAGCUGCUUGUUCAUAUCUUGGAGCGUUGGAUCAAGGGAGAUGGAUUCAUGCAUAUAUAGACAAGAUAGGAAUUGUGAUUGAUCCAAUCUUAGGCUGCGCCCUUACAGAUAUGUAUGCAAAGUGUGGUGACAUGGAAGAAGCUUUAGAAGUUUUUAAGAAACAGAAGAAAAAGGAAGUUGCUUUGUGGACUGCAUUGAUUUAUGGAUUUGCAAUUCAUGGUCGUGCAAGAGAAGCGCUGGACUGGUUUGAGACUAUGCAGAAGGUCGGAAUCAAGCCAAACCAUGUCACUUUUACAGCAAUUCUGACAGCAUGUAGCUACUCAGGACUGGUUGAUAAAGGAAAAUCAUUGUUUGAGAGCAUCGAACGAGUUCAUAAAUUAAGGCCAAGAAUAGAGCAUUAUGGGUGCAUGGUUGAUCUACUAGGCCGAGCAGGGCUCCUGGAAGAAGCAAAGGGAUUGAUUGAGCUAAUGCCUGUAAAACCAAAUGCUGUUGUUUGGGGAGCAUUGCUCAAUGCCUGCCAGAUCCAUAAAAAUGUCGAAUUAGGUACAAAGGUAGGGAAACUGCUGGUUGAAGAAGAUCCGGACCAUGGUGGUCGGUAUGUUCACUUGGCGAGCAUUCAUGCAGCAGCAGGGGACUGGGACCAAGCAGUUGAAGCAAGGAGGGAGAUGAAAGAACGAGGGGUUUCGAAACUUCCGGGAUGCAGUGCAAUUAGUCUGAAUGGGGUUGUCCAUGAAUUCUUGGCCGGGACCAAGUCCCAUCCACAGGCAGCAGAGAUUUACCGCAUGUGGGACAGUAUAGCUGAAAGACUUGAAAAGGAAGGAUAUAAACCUGCAUUGCAGAAUCUACUGCUUGAUCUGGACAAUGAAGCCAAAGAAAUGGCAAUCAAUCAGCACAGUGAGAAGUUGGCUAUUGCAUUUGGAUUACUUAGAACCAAACCAGGGACAACUAUUAGAAUUAUCAAGAAUCUUCGGAUAUGCGAGGACUGCCACACUGUAACAAAACUUGUGUCCAAGAUAUAUGAUAGGGAGAUUGUCAUGAGGGAUAGAACCAGGUUCCACCAUUUUAAGGAUGGCAAUUGUACUUGUGGAGAUAAAUGGUGAGGAAGGAGAGACCACAACAUUAUAUUAACUCAUUUGUUAGUACACUAACUAGGUGUAGUUAAUGUAUAAGCUUUGUUAAGCACAAGCCAAACGGCUUCAGCUCCCAAAAAUUAAAAGAAUCCGAUAGUGCAAAUAUGAAGCCCA